CGUGGACAUGCGCGAUAGGGAAUCCUGAUGAAUAAUCCCAUCAGCCUCCUCGGAACGCCUUCCAUCCGAUUGGCUGCUUUCCUCUAUGCUCAACUAACUAUAUAAUAACCCAAAGACGAGAAGAGCUUACCUAGACAUCCAUCAAACAGUCCAAAGGCCUUCCACACAUUUCCACCUCCUCCAACAUCAACAUCUUUUCCAUCCCUCGCCAUCCAGCCACCCCCAGCAUCCACCAUGUCCCUCCAACCCAUCAAGAUCUGGGGCCAACAGGGUCCCAACCCGCCCAAAGUCACCAUGAUCUGCGAAGAGCUCGGCCUCCCCUACACGCACGUCCCCAUCCAAUUCUCCGAAGUCAAGAGCCCCGAAUACCUCGCCGUCAACCCCAACGGCCGCGUCCCCGCCAUCCACGACCCCAACACGGACCUCACCAUCUGGGAGUCCGGCGCCAUCAUCGAGUACCUGGUCGAGAAAUACGACAAAGAGCACAAGAUAUCUUUCGCGCCCGGCAGCCCCGAGAGCUACCUCGCCAAGCAGUGGCUGUUCUUCCAGGUGUCGGGCCAGGGCCCGUACUACGGGCAGGCCAUCGUGUUCCAGCGGUAUCACCCAGAGAAGGUGCCGUCGGCGGUGGAGCGCUAUGUGAAUGAGAUCAAGCGGGUUACGGGCGUGCUGGAGGGGCAUUUGAAGAAGCAGAAAGAGCAAGGUGGUGGAGAGGGGCCGUGGCUUGUGGGGAAUAGGUACUCCUUUGCGGACCUGGCGUUUGUGCCAUGGCAGACGAUUAUCAGUUUGGCGGUGAAGGACGAGGGGUUUGAUGCAGAAGAGUAUCCGGUUGUGAAGGAGUGGUUGGGGAAUAUGAAUAAGAGGGAGGCGGUUAGGAAGGUGAUGGAGCCGGCGAUGGCGGCGAUGGCGGCGCGGCAAUGAGCUCCGAAAUGAGAAGCUGGAAGAGCUUAGUGACUCCGGAGGGGCAGGGGCGUAGUGCUAGAUUAUAGAGGGCACUGAUAGGUGGGAGGCAGUAG